AUGGCGGCAGAUAACUACCGAUUUGCAGAAAGUGAUAGUUUAUUAUGUUAUCAUGGACCAAUGUUAUAUGAAGCGAAAUGUUUAAAAAGGAGGAAGGCAAAUGAUGGUAAAGCACAAUAUUUUAUUCAUUACAAAGGCUGGAAUAGUAAAUGGGAAGAAUGGGUAGACGACAAUCGAGUAUUGACUGUCAAUACUGCCAAUAUGAACAAAAUGGCAUCAUUAAAAGAAAUACAUUCAAAUACAAAAAAAAAGUGGAGCAAACGUUCUAUCACUAUAGUUAAAGAAGAAACAAUACGGAAUGUUGUAACACCUCCAAUCAAGGGAAAAAAACGGAAAUAUUCAGAAAUGUCAUCUGAAUUAAAUCAAAUAGUAAAUGUUCCAUCGCCAACAGAAUCAAAACCAAAGAAGCGAGGUCGUCCUCCUAAAAUUACUCCUAAAAUUGAAGAAACUGAUGCAACAAAAUCAGUUGAUACAACUAUAGUAACUGAAACAACUGAAGUAACUGAAUCAGCUGAAUCAAAUGGAGAAAAUAAAGUGAUUAACAAAGCAACUAAAGAAGUAGCUAAAGAAAAAGACAAUGUCAAAAAAGAAAAUAACACCACAAUAGAAGACAUUGUUAAAAAAGAAGACUUGACUAAAAAAGUACACACUCUAAAAAAAGAAGACAUUACUAAGAAAGAAGACACUCCUAAGAAAGAAGACACUCCUAAAAAAGAAGAGACUCUUACAAAAGAAUGUACCCCUAAAAAAGACGAUACUCCCAAGAAAGAAGACACUCCUAAGAAAGAAGACACUCUUAAGAAAGAAGACACUCCUAAAAAAGAAGAUAUUCCUGAAAAUGAAAACAUUCCUAACAUAGAUGACACUCCUAUAGAAGAAGACACUCCCAUCAAAGAUGAAAUUCCAAAAAAAGAAAUCGUUCCUAAGAAGGUUGGAGUAACUAAAAUAAUUGAUGAAGAAACCGAAGAAAUUGAAAAAUCCGAAGAAGUUUUAGAUACUAAAAAAAAUGAAGCAAAUGAAGAUAUUGAAGUUACUAAAGAAGAAGAAGAAGAUGAAGAUGAAACUACUAAAACUGUAGAUGAAGAAAUUAAAGUACCUGAAGAAGUUGAAAAAGCUACUAAAGAAUUUGAAGAAACUAAAUUUGUUGAACCAUGUAAAGAAUCUAAGAAUGAUGAAGGAAUUGAAGCAAUCAAAGAAAUUGAAAGAUCUGAAACAGUUGAAAGAACUGAAGACAUUGAAGAAACUGAAACUGAAAAUAUGGGAAGAAUUGAAUCGAUUGAAGGUUCUGAAGAUGAAGAUCUUGAAGCUGAAGAGUUUGAAGCCGAGGAACUUGAUGCAUAUGAUGAAACUGAAGAAUUUGAAGAAACUGAUACAGAUGAAGAUAUAGAAACAGAUGAAGAGUCUGAAGAUGAUGAAGAAACUAAAGCUUGUUUAUUAAAGUUAACUGAAGCUUUUUCAAAACCUGUAGAUACUGAAAAGACAGACGAUACAUUUACUGUUCCAGCUCCAGUAAUAAAAAUAAUACCAGUUAUCAAUAUACCAGAUAUAAUAAAAAGAAGAAUUGCUUUUGAUCAUUUUAUGAUUGUGAAAAACAAUAAAGUAUUAAAAUUUUCAAAAACAAUCACAAUUGAAAAUUUGGUACAAGAUUUUAUGAAUUCAUUGCCUGAAUCUAAAGAAUCAACGUUCAAUAUUGGUACAACGAUCAUACAGUAUUUCAAUGUUCUUAUACAUUCACGAUUAUUGUAUCCGCCAGAGAAAGAAAUGGACAUACGUAAUAUGGCAAUACAAUUUUUAGACGACAAUACAAAUUUUGGUGAAGAAUACCACUUUAGUAAAAUGUUGUAUCCUCAAAAAAUGUGGCAUUUGGUGUAUGGACCUACAUAUCUACUACGAUUAUUUGUUUUAUUACCUGAAAUUGUAUCAUCCUAUAAUUAUAUUGAGACUGAUAUCACUAGUGUUAUUGGAAAGUUUGAAGAUUUUAUGAAAUUUAUUGAAAUCAAUUUUGAUCAAUAUUUCUCAAAUGUUGAAUAUACUGAUAAUAAAUAA